AUGAUUUCUACGAAACGCGAAGCAGGUUUGUUUUAACAAGACUUGCCAAAUUACGGGCCGGCCCGGCCCGGUCGGCCCGGCUCAAAAGGCGCGAAUUCAAAUUUUUGGGGGAAAUCUAUUUUUUUCGUUUUUUUUUGCGGGGAUCAAAAUUUAAAAAAAAAAUUCUACUAGUGCUCAAUAAAAAGCGUUAUUAUUUUCUUCUUUUUUAAUUGUUACUUUUGCUUUGAUGCCAAUAAAAACUAUUUUUGAGAACUACAUUUCUUUUUUAUGCUCGAUACUUGCAAAGUUCGUUAGUUCUACGAAAAACAAACAUUUUAUUUAAUCAACAGUUCAAAAUUUGGAUUCCCGCUUUUUGAACCGUGCCGACGGGCCGGGCCGGCACCAAUCGAUUGUUCUCCCCAAGUUUUCGUUAAAAAUGGGUCCGAAGCGUGCAAGUUUUCUGUGCUUUUCGGCCUAGAAAUGCGUUUUGAGCGAUUUCAAUGGUAAAAUACGAAAAUUCCAGAGAAGCUCUUGAGCGAAACUGAUGAAUACGACGAGGAAUCGACGGCGAAAGAGGGCCGCGUGCCUUCGGAAGUGAUAAAAGUGGAGGAAGAGCUGAAGCACUCGAGCGAACGGUUCCGCAAUCCGAAAUCCUCGGCGACGACGUCGGCCGCCACCGAAUCCGGUCAAAUGCGUGCGAAGGCGAACGCGAAGAAGUUGACGUUUCACAAUAUCGAAGCGGUGGCGGUGAAAAAGAAGGGCGAUCGACAGGAGAUUCUCAAAAAGAUCUCAGGAACCGCGCGUCCCGGAGAGCUCACUUUCAUCAUGGGCUCGUCGGGCGCCGGAAAGACGACGUUGUUGAACAUUUUGACGGGACGUAACCUCAAAAAUAUCGAAACCAAGGGAGAAGUCGUAGUGAACGGGUGGGUGUUUUCACGAUUUUUAGAAAAAAACCGAAAAACAACAAUAAUUCAGGCGAGAAAUGCGUCCGGUGGAGAUGAAAAAGCUGAGCGCGUACGUGCAACAAGACGACGUCUUCAUCGGAAUGCUCACCGUCAAAGAGACGUUGCGAUUCGCGGCGAAAUUGCGGUCGCCGAACAAACUGGACGAGAAAGAGUUGGACGAGAUCGUCGACGAGCUGCUCGUCAUGAUGAGCCUCAAAAAGUGCGAAAAUACAAAAGUGGGCUCGAUGACCGAGAAGAGUUUGUCGCGCGGCGAACGAAAAAGGUUGGCGUUCGCUUGUGAGGUCAGUUUGUUCAAUUUGCGAAUUUUCAAUCGAAAUCUGUCCGUUUUAGCCUGAUUUUGAAUUUUUUUGCCAAAUUGCGGUGGCGUGCACUUGCUCUGCUGCAAAAAUUAUGUAAAACUGUGUUUUUGAGCAUUUGUUAGACUCGAACAGACUGAAAUUUGCGAAUUUUCAAUAAAAUGUUUGCAGAUCCUGACGGACCCUCCGAUCCUUUUCUGCGACGAGCCCACUUCGGGCCUCGAUUCGUUCAUGUCGCAUCAGGUGAUCAAGGCGUUGCGCCAACUGACGAACGAGGGAAAGACGGUCGUGUGCACGAUCCACCAGCCGAGCACGUCGGUCUUCCAGCUCGCCGACCAACUGAUUCUGCUCUCGCACGGCCACGUCGCCUACUCGGGCGCCGCCAACGCCGUCGACGAGUUCUUCGCGCGGUGCGGCCAUCCGUGCCCGCAAUUCGUCAGCUCGCCCGACCAUUUUAUGCGCGUGCUCUCGCACAAAACCCACGAAUCGGAGACGGACUACAACGAGCGUGUGGAGCGCGUCGUCGCCGUGCACAACGAGCUGCGAAUGUCGUCGAGCAGCCAGAGCUCGUCGCGUCGCGAGCAACCGGCACUCGCCCGCAACUCGUUCGCCCGCACCUGGUGGUGCCAGUUCUUCUACAUUUUCCAUCGAUCCGCCGUCCAACUCUACCGCGAACGAUCGGUGAUUCUUGUCAAAUUGAUUCAGACCCUCAUCAUGAGUGUGAUGAUUGGAAGCACGUACUUCCGGAUGGACAUCAGCAAACAGUACCUCGCCAGUUUUCGCGGAUUCGCUUUCGUCUCCGUCCAAAUGAUGCACAUGCUGUUCAUGAUGCCGGCGAUGACAGUGUUCUGGAAGGACUAUCCGGUCGUCGUCAGGGAGUUUCAGGCGAACAUGUACUCGCCGAGCGCCUAUUAUCUCGCCAAGACUACUGCCGAUGUGAGUUGGGAGGGUUUUGAGCGUUUGGUUAGUUCUUACGACAUCUUUUCAGAGCGUCCAAUACCUCAUCUUCCCCGUCAUCUUCUCUGCGAUCCUGCUCGCAAUGACCCAUCUACCCUAUGCAUUUUCUUCCAUCGCUCACUAUCUGGCCGUCAACAUUUUGCUCAGUAUGAAUGCGUGUUCGAUCGGUGAGCGUGGCCUCACUUUCCCCCUUAAAACGCUGGCCUAACUUUUGCAGCGCAAGCGUUUGCGGCAAUGUGCGGACACCUGGCGACCGGAAUGACGGUCCUUCCGAUCGUCGUCGUUCCGCUGAUGGUUUUCGGCGGGUUUCUCAUCGACUACGACUCGAUCCCCGGCUACUUCAAGCCGCUCGCGUGGAUCUCGUGGUACAAGUACGGAUUCGAGGCCAUCACGAUCGCCUACUUUCGCGACAUUGAUCGAAUUCCCGGAUGCACUGGCACUGGCGCCGCCUCCAAUUCCUCGGCCGCCAACCCGUUCGAGGAGUGCUCGACGGGCGCCGCGUUCAUCGAAAGCGAACGGUUCGACGAGGCGAACUUGUGGCUGGACUACACGGUCAUUGUCGCCACGAUGCUCUUCUGGAAAGUGCUCGGCGUCGUCGCGUUCACGUGGCGCAUUCGUAGAACUUGA